UGAUCCUUUUCUAGAAAAAGAUCAAACCAUAAUGACAUCCCUUUCAAAGAAACCGCUCUUCAACCAAUUCAUUUCAUCUCUACUCUUAGUCCUCCUUCUUGUCAUCAUCCUUGAUUUGGUUUUCUCAUCCACUGCUUCUGUUUCCUCCGUUACUUCUCCUUUUGCUUAUGCUAACAGAAAGGUUAAGAUAGCAGAGGAAUCAAAGGAAGCGGUGGUUCUUUUAAACUGGAAACUCAGCCUUCACAACAAAAGCCAGUCUCUCUUGUCCUCCUGGGUUGGAACCACUCCUUGUAAUUGGGUUGGAAUAAAUUGCGACCAAUCUGGAAGCGUCACCCAUCUAAACCUUUCAAGUUACGGUUUGAUAGGUACGCUUCACAAUCUUAGCUUUCAAUCCUUUCCCAAUCUACUCAGUCUUGACCUUUCUGACAACUCACUAUAUGGGAUCAUUCCCUCAAAUAUUUGUCACCUCUUUAAACUCUCUUAUCUUAACCUUUACGAUAAUCAAUUCACUGGGAGAAUUCCUUCUGAAAUAGGAAAAUUAACAAGUCUUGACUCCAUUGACCUCAGUCAAAAUCAUUUGAGUGGCCAUAUCCCUCAAGAAAUAGGACAGCUAAGUUCUCUACAUUUCUUUGCGUUAGCUUUAAAUAAUCUCAUAGGUGUCAUCCCUGCUCCUCUUAAAAAUUUAAGCGAAGUAACCAUUUUAUAUCUUUAUGAGAACCAACUUUCUGGUUCCAUCCCUCAAGAAUUAGGAAUGCUAAGUUCUCUCACUGACCUUGAGUUAUUUUCAAAUAGUCUCACUGGUGUCAUUCCUGCCUCUCUUGGAAACUUAACAAACCUAUUCCGUAUAGUUGUUUAUGAUAAUCAACUUUCUGGUUCCAUCCCUCAAGAAUUAGGAAUGCUAAGUUCUCUGACUAACCUUGCGUUAUCAAUAAACAAUCUCACAGGUACCAUCCCAAUUUCUCUUGGAAACUUAAGCAACCUAAAUACUCUAUAUCUUCAAUGGAACCAACUUUCUGGUUCCAUCUAUCAAGAAUUAGGAAUGCUAAGUUCUAUGACUGACCUUAAUUUAUUUUUUAACUAUUUCACAGGUGCUAUUCCUGCUUCUCUUGGAAACUUAACCAAACUCACAUAUUUAACAUUUUUCAAUAAUAAGUUAAGUGGUCCCAUUCCUUUUGAAAUGAACAAUGUCACUCAAUUAAAAGUUUUUGAUUUAUCAGAUAACCAAUUGACUGGCCAUUUGCCAGAAAAUGUGUGCCUUGGUGGAGUGCUUGAGAUCUUCAAUGCAGAACAUAAUCAUUUUAUUGGUUCAAUACCAAAGUCUAUACAAAACUGCAGUAGCCUAGUUAGAUUCCUACAUGAAAAAAAUCAACUUACUGGAAAUAUUGGAGAAUGUUUCGGUGGUGUAUACCCCAACUUAGUAUACAUAGAUUUGAGUUAUAAUAAGUUUUAUGGUGAGCUUUCAAUUAAGUCGGGGCAAUUUAAAAACUUGACAUGCCUAAAAGUCUCUAACAAUCAAAUUUCAGGUAGAAUAUCUUCUGGGCUUGGAGAUUUAACUCAAUUACAUGUGCUCAACCUCUCCUCAAAUAAGCUAGAUGGGGAGAUUCCAAAGGAAAUAUGUAAGCUGACGUCUUUGAUAGACCUGUUUCUAGACAAUAACAAAAUUUCUGGACACAUUCCUUACAAUUUUGGAAUGCUACCAAAUCUAGAACGGCUUAAUCUUGCCAAAAAUAGUCUAAGUGGCCUAAUUCCCGAACUAGGGAAUUGUAAAAAGUUGUGGUUAUUAAAUUUGAGCAACAAUCACUUAAGCAAAUACAUCCCACUUCAAAUAGGCAAUUUACAAUAUCUCCAAAAUCUUGAUCUUAGUAAAAAUUUUCUAACGGGAGAGAUACCACAACAACUUGGAGAUUUGAAAAAAUUAGAAAUUUUGAAUCUUUCCCACAAUGAGCUCUUUGGAUCUAUUCCAUCAAGUUUUUAUCAAAUGAUAAGCUUGACAUCCAUUGAUUUGUCCUACAAUCAACUUCGGGGUCCUAUUCCGAAUACUAAAGCAUUUUGUGAGGCACCUAUUGAAGCUUUUAGAAAUAACAAGGGUUUGUGUGGCAAUACCACAGGAUUGAAGGCUUGUCCCUCUGCAAUUAGCCACAAUCCUCAUGUCAAAAGGGGGAAUAAAGUCAUGAAACUUAUUUCAACCCUUUUAGGCAUUGUCUUACUUAUAUUUAUCAUUAUUGGAAUCACAUUAUAUAUUCGCUCCAGAAAGAUGAAGACAAAAAUUAAGCCAAAAGAAGAAGAACAUCAAAAUAUGUUUGCAGUGUGGAGCUAUGAUGGGAAAAUGGUUUAUGAAAAAAUUAUUGAAGCAACAGAGGAUUUUGAUGACAAACAUAUUAUUGGCGUAGGCGGCCAUGGAAUUGUUUAUAAAGCUGAAUUGUCUACAGGUCAAGUUGUUGCUAUAAAGAAACUUCACUCACUCUCAGAAGAUAGUGUGGUCAAUCUAAAAGUUUUCACCAGUGAGAUAUGUAGUCUAACUGAAAUACGACACCACAACAUUGUAAAGCUUCAUGGCUUUUGCUCACAUCCAAGACACUUGCUUUUAGUUUAUCAAUUCUUGGAAGGUGGGAGCUUGGAAAAGAUACUAAACAAUGAUGAAUUAGCACUGGAGUUUGAUUGGGUUAAGAGGGUAAAUGUUGUUAGAGGUGUGGCAAGUGCUCUAUCUUAUAUGCAUCAUGACUGCUCUAGUCCAAUAAUUCAUCGUGAUAUAUCAAGCAAGAAUGUUCUACUAGAUUCAGAAUAUGAAUCUCAUGUCUCUGAUUUUGGCACAGCUAGGAUUAUGAGUUCUGACACAUCUUAUUGGACUUCGUUUGCUAGUACAUUUGGAUACACUGCUCCAGAGCAUGCAUAUACAAUGGAAGUAAGUGAAAAGUGUGACGUUUACAGCUUUGGAGUAGUUGCGUUGGAAGUAAUUAUUGGAAGGCAUCCGGGUGAUUUGAUCUCAUCAUUUGUAUCAUCAUCAUUUUCAUUAUUGUCCCAUGAUGUGCCUCUAGAAGAUAUAUUGGAUCAACGUCUUGCACAUCCUACAAAUAGAGUUGCAGAGAAGGUAGUUUUAGUGGCAAAGAUAGCAUUAGCAUGCUUACACACCAGUCCACAAUCUCGUCCCACCAUGCAACAAGUUUAUCAGAAACUAUUAAAUUGGAAAUUCCCUUUCACAAAGCCUUUGCGCAUGAUCACAUUAAGAGAGCUCAUUGAUCUUGGGAAUUUGAAUGAAGCUUCAUAAGUGUUUACAUAUCUCAUGUAUGAUAUUUUGCUUAUAUACAUUCCAUCCUCAUGUAAAGUGUUAGAUACUUAUGAGGCCAAUACUUCAAAAACCACAAUUCGCGUGACUAUUCAUCUUCGGCGGCUUCAUUGUUCAUCUUUGACCCAUCCAAGCCUCCAUCUUAUUGUUGGAGCCUCCAUGCCUCUUGACCUAAGCUCUUCAACCCAAAUGGAAGCCGAGCUCUUUCUGAAGGUGUGGGAAACAUAGUUGGUCAAGGUCAAUCAGAACAUUGGCUUCGAACUUAUCAUGGUAUCUUCACUCUUGCUUUCAUUGUUUCUGACCACACAACUCAUCGACAAGACAGGAAUAAAAACAGGACUUCCCCUCUCGUUGUUACUAUCCAAAAUA